GGGGGCAAGCAGGCAAAGAAGGAACCACUGUCGCCUCCGGAUCGAGCUGCGCGUGUCCAUGCACUACAACGGCUGCGCUAGGAAGAUCAGAUGGUCUUGAAGAGCUACGAAGGGGUGGCGGAGGUGGCGAGAGACUGGAGAGCCCAGAAGGUGGUGGUGAAAGGGAAGAAGGCCGUGGCCAAUCCUUUGAAGGUGGUGGAGCAUCUCGAGAGGGAAACCGACAAGAAAGUGCAGCUACUGACUCCUCUACCACCUCCACAGCCAGGGAAGAAGAAACCGACGAGGAGGAAGGAAGAAGAAGACAAGAAAGACGAGGUUCCUCAGCAAAAUCCUCAAUCCGCUCAUCUCUUUUUCUCUCUUCGAUCUCUUCUUCUCCUUUUCUCUAAACUUUUUGCUACUUUUCUGCCGCCAAAGAUUGUUGUAACUUCAUUCCAGCUUCAAAUGCACUGGUCAGCCUGCACUCGGAAGAUGGCGAAGAAGAUCUUAAAGAUGCAAGGUUUCCUAUGUCUCCUUCUGUUCCAUAGUUUCGUAAACCGACACAAACGCUAUGAAAAGCUUGUGUGUGCCACGUAG